CCAUGGUUACGGUGUGUACACAAAGAUGGUUGAGCUAAGCUUAGGCAAGUGUAGGCAGAUAGUUCCAAGUUGGAUACUUUGCUGUUGAGAACUUUUUUCUGUUUACACGAACCUCAUACUUAGCUAGGUAUGCAGCCACAUAGGUAUAUAAUCAGACUAUUUAAUAUGUGAAAUAUAUACGGUACUCAAUUUAUGUAAUGUAAGGUACGGAGGGACUUGAAUAGGAAGCUAGGUCGCUAGCUUACUUUCCUGGCUGCACUGCCAGACAUCAACAGUAGUUCUAGUUCUAACUGAGUUAACAACACAAAUAGCUUAUGAUGGCCGAAGGCUCUGAAAACAGCAAAAAUAACUCUGAACUUCACAUGAAUCGACACAGGCCCGCCUCCGAGAAAAGCCAGGACAUUUCAUACUUACUCACAAGUAUUUUCAAAGAUCUUUACACCAAGGAGGUUAUCGGAAAAGAUACCAUUGACAAUCUUUCCCAAUCUCGACGAGGAGAUCAAAACAGCUACCAUGACAAAUAUGUGGAGGAACUCCAGAAGGUUCAUGCUGAAUAUACAAAGCGCAUGAAGGAUGCGAAUAUGCUAGAGAGCCACAUCAUCCAGGCACGCAUUCAGGCCACUGCCAUAGAGGAACGAACUCGUGCUCAGAUAGUAGAGGAGGUUGGAGAGGCCUACACUCAGUUGGGUCUACCUCCCGUCAAAUCAGCUUUCAUGCGGUGUGUGGACAAUAGACUUCUCAAGAACCAUAAUUUGCUAUGUCCAGAAGAUUACAUAAUCGAGCAGCCAGCCCUAGUGAAAGCUCCACAAGGGAAAGCUACGGCAGGCUUUGCUCACCCCACACUCUCCUACAACAAGCACGUCUGUACGCAGCCACAGGACGAUGGCUACACGCUUAUCCCUCCUCCGCAGAAGACAGAGCAGGACAUGCUUGAGGCCUCAGAGGGGACACUCACACAAGCGUCCAGCAGAGAACUCAUCACUGAUGGAGGCACUCCCUCUCAAAAGCACCUCAGAGCCCGCAUGAAUCCCCCGUGGUUGAAGGAGCCAAGUGCCCAGAGCCGUGCGGAGGAGCGGGCCGCGCGGCAGAAGCUCAAGGAGCGUCAGAACUUCCUGCGAAACCCCCGCUUCCUGCCCCCCCUUGCCCAGCGGGGUGGCAAGUCCCUCAUCCUGAGCGGGAGGAAGUCGGAGAGAGGGGUGGAUGGGAAGAGCGUGACCAUUGAGGAAAGCCCAGAGGUCCCUGUGCCUGUGUUUCUGGCCAGUCCACCUGUUGUCCUCUUCACCAACUACAAAGUGGGACAAGUGUAUGAGACGACUGUGGAGCUGAGGAACCUCACUGCCACCUGCCGUCACGUGCGAGUCAUCCCCCCCACCACACCCUUCUUCUCCAUUGGCCUGGGGAAGUUCCCAGGGAAGGGGGGCAUGGUGGCGCCUGGCAUGAGCUGUCAGUACACCGUGCGCUUUGCUCCCAACUCGUUGGCGGACUACCAGGACUUCCUGGUGGUGGAGACCCAGUCGCCACACUCUCUCAUCGUGCCUCUAGAGGGCCGGAGACCCCCACCAGUACUUACGGUGCCGGCUGUGCUGGACUGUGGCUAUUGCCUGGUGGGGGCAGUGAAGUUCCUAGAACUCCUGUGUCAGAACGAGGGCUUUAGUUCUGGAACCUUUUGCAUCAUGUCCAAGAAACAGUGGCCUGCGCCAAGUCUGAGGGCUGUAGUGAAGGCCAGCUUUGCUGAGGAGCCUCCCUUUGCUGUGUGUCCUUCUGUGUUUGAGCUGAUGCCGGGACAAGCCACCUUGUUGGAGCUGGUGUUCUUCCCCACCACUGCUGGACCCUUCUCCCAGGUCUUCACCAUCGUGUGUGACAACUGCCAGGUCAAAGACAUCACCAUCAAAGGUGAGGCCCAGACGGUUGCGGUGGAGCUGGUCUCUGUGUCGGGUGGAGAGGACUGUCCUGAGUUUGGGGAGCUGUGUGACCUCACAGCCAAUCACUUUGUGCGCUUUGACUCCACCAACCCCUGCUCCACUCUACAGAGGACGCUGGUCAUCAGAAACAACGCGCAUCUGGAGCUGGCGUUCGAAUGGCAGGUGAUGAUGCCCAACAUGCAGGCUCUUCUCCCUGGUGAAGCUCCAGAUCUGUCGCGCAUCCAGCAUCACCUGGCCACAGACAAUGGCUUCCUCAUCAGCCCUGCCACAGGCCUUCUGGGGCCUCUGCAGGAGCACCAGUUUGUCAUCACCUACAACCCACAGGAGUUGAUUGAUUACCACAGUGUUUGUCAUCUGGUCAUAAAAGAUGUGCCAGAACUCCCCCAACAAAUCAAUGAGGAAGGUGCUGCGCUGCCGGUGGCGGUGCAGGAUGUGGCGGUUAUGGAGGUGGAGGUAAAGGGCUCCACGGAGCCGUAUCAGAUCCUGCUAGAGCCGUAUGCCAUGUUCGUGCCCGGCCACAUCUACAUCCACACCACCAUGCGCAGGAGGUUUAUGAUGUGGAACCACAGUAAAUCCAUCAUUCGCUUUGAGUGGGAACGCAUCUCCGACUGCCACAUCAUAGAGGUGGAUCCCCCUACAGGAGAAAUAGAGCCAAAUGAGUGUAUGGAACUGGACCUGGUGCUGACCGGAGGAAGGCCAGAUCAUGUUGCGACCAAUUUGCUGUGCCACGUCCAUCACCACCCAGAGCCUGUGGGUCUGCCCAUAGAUGUCAAGUUCAAGGGCCCGCACCUGACCGUAAGCGUGCCGCGGGUGGACCUGGGCCUGCUGCAGCUGGGUGCCGAGAGCCACUCGGCCUUCUCCAUCUACAAUCCCACCCAGCUAGAGGCCUGUUGGAGCCUCCGAGAGAUGAGGAAGAACCACAAGGACCAGGACAACCAGGUGGAGCUGGACCCAGAUGCGGGCGUGCUGGCCCCACUGGCCUCCUGCCGGGUGGACGUGCGCUUCAGAGCCCGCCGCUGCCAGCUCUUUGAGAGCGUCCUGGAGCUGGCUGUGGAGAACGGGGCCGGAUGCCACCUCUUGGUUCAGGCGCAUGUGCAGUCUCCACAGGUGUGUCUAGUGCGCUGUAAGCUGCGUAUACCUGAGCUGUACGUGGGAAAGCCAUGGACCGGAACAGCCACUCUCUUCAACCAGACCCUGCUACCCUCACACUUCACCUGGGGAAAGCUCCGGGGGAAGCAGGGUUCCCUGUGCUUAGCCAGCUUCACUCCCAGCUCUGGCAGCCUGGGGGCCCACGAGAAACUGGACAUCACCGUGUCCUUCACCUCGCACACAGACGAGGAGCUCACUGAAGUGCUUGCCCCCUGUGAAGUGGAGGGAAUGGCCCAUCCUGUGGUCCUGGGUCUCUUUGGCAAGGCCAGGACCCUCAGUGUGUCUUACUCUCUACCCAAUUCCGGGGCCACUAAAUGGGACCAGCCAGUGCGCUUGGACUUUGGUAACGAGGUGCUCCUGGGAACAACUGUCUCCAGACAGCUGGUUAUGACCAAUCACACGACUAUUCCCGCCCCUUUUACCAUGGAAGCUGAGUAUUUCAUUGGCCGCCCACCUAGCCCAAAUAUCAAUGAAUGUGAGCACAGAAGUGCAUAUGUGAAAAGACCCCUGACCCACAUCCAGGCAAAGAAGCUAAAGGAAAAGGCUCACGAUGAUUUUGUGAAGUGUCUUCUGAGUCAUGGGAAGGGUGUGGCGUUCUUUGUCCAGCCCAACACGGGAACUCUAGGGCCCCACGAAACCCUCACUGUGACCAUCACGGCUUACACCAACAUGUGGGGAGCCUACACAGACCUCCUCAUAUGCAAGGCUGGGGAGCUGGAGCCGACGAGCAUCCCUGUCCAAAUGGGGGUGAGAGGCUGUCCUUUGUACUUCCAGAUGUCGGGGCCUCAGUCAGACAACCAGAACCAGGGACCUAUCAUACGAUUUGGGAGCCAUGUGUCCGGGGGAGACACCAUUUCACGCUCAUUGCGCUUGAACAACACCAGCCCUUAUGAUAUCCGCCUGGACUGGGAGACGUUUAACCGCACGCAGGGUGACCGUAAGCUGGUGGAUCUGCUGGUGGCGUAUGGAGAGCCCUUCCCCCUGAAGGACAGAGAUGGGAACGAGGUGGUGGGAUGCCCUCCCUCCUCCGGCGAUAGCCUCCUUCCACCCUGGGGCCAGAGGCAGAGCCGCACCGCCAGCACAGAGGAGACCUGCUCCUGCCCGAGGACCUGCUCUGGGGACGGAGAGAGACCAGAGGAGCUGGAGGAGGAUGAGGAGGAGAAGAUGUCUCUGGACAUCAAAGCUCCACAGAGGAAGCUCUUCACUGUGCUCAUCAGGCCGCAUGAGGGCAACCCUUCUGAUUACCCAUACUGCAUCACUCCACAGCAGAUGGUAGUGCCAGCAGGAGGCAGUAGCACCAUGCAUGUGUCCUUCACCCCUCUGACGUUCUCUGGGUCGUCCAGCGAUGCCAGGUGUGAAGGCUUCGCUCUCGGCUUCAUGAGUCUGGACUCCAAGAUGGCGGCGUGUAUCCCUGGGAAGGUGGAGCGGCCACAGGGACAUAAGGUGGACCCUCUGCACCUAGAGCUCCACGCCUCCGUCAGACCGGCCAUUCUCUCCGUGCAGAUGGAUGAGGACGAGGAUGUGCUGGUGUUCCAGACCGUGGCGAGCGAUUUGAUAGAAGAAGACCCCAAAGAGACGCUCUCAGUGAAGCAGGAGACGGUGGUGGUGCGGUCACUGAGACUGAGGAACACCACGGAGAUGGCGCUGGCCUUCCGACUGAGCACCCAGCCACCUUUCACCGUGCUACAGCCGCAGCCACAGACGCAGCCUCCAGGCCGGGGCAGGACCUCCACCGGACACAGCCAUGACCAUAGCCACAGCUCCGCCGAGAGCCAGCCACUGCUGCUGCGGCCGCAGGACAACAUGCAGGUGAAAGUGGCAUUCCACAGCUCGCUGUCUCUCCUGGCCUAUCUGGAGAGGCCAUGCGAGGAGCUCCCGCCCUCCGUGUCUGUGCUGCGAGGCGACUCUGGAGAGACCAAGCUGCAGUUCCAGCAGAAACUUGUGGUGGAGUACAGCAACAACAGCCAACAGGCUGUGCCCCUCGUUGCCUGUCUGUCGGUGCCCUCGCUGCAUGUGUCCAGCAGCAAGGUGGACUUUGGGACGUGCUAUGUAGGACAGACUCAGGUGCAGGAGCUGCACCUCAACACCAGAGGAAGCUCCUGCUGCUAUUGGAGUGCAGCCAUAGAAAGUGAUUGUGGGAGCAGCACGUUUCAACUCAGCCCAGACAGAGGAGUACUGCGGCCACUAGAGAACCAGCAGGUCUUACAGCUGAGCUUCACGGCCAGCAACCCAGAGGAGUACAAGGCCACUGUGACAGUGAGGGGGAAGCUGGGGGAGCCGCCACUCGUCCUGCAGGUGCAGGGAAGAGGCUCGCACGACGAGAGAUACAUGAAGUAGCCAGCCGACCGCUGCUGCUGCUGGAGACCACUGGUCCAAAGGAUACUCAGCACAGCAUCAGAUUUAUUUUGAUGUCUGGAUGCAUAAAGCAGCACAAAAAUCGAUUUGGUCUGAGACUCUCCAUCAGCCCUUUUCAGUAUGCAUUUCCAGAUCAAUAGUUUGUUGCAUUACAGUAGCAGGUGUGGUACAGUGGCCUUUUCAUUUCUUGUGUGUAUGCACUUACAUGUCAGAAUGUUGUACAAACAGAUUCUAAUAACAGUUGAAGAUUUAAUACAUGUUACAACAUUA